GCGGAAGACGCUGACUGUAAACUGAACAGAACGCUGAAGUAACUGCGGGAGUUUUCGAAUAAACUUUCCAAGGUUUAUAGAAAGCUGAUUAUUCGUCACAUUUUUUUUAAGGUUCUACAUAUGUUUAACUUAAAUUAACUUGAGAUGUUUGUUUUUUUCUUAAUAUACGGUUAGGUAUUUGUUUUGUGAAACUCGUAGUCGUCUCUUGCAAUCUCCCCUUGUGCAAUCGGGUCAACGUUAUUGAUUUGUGUUUCCGUUUAUUUUUUCAGUUGCUGAUAUCUGAUUUUGUAUAUACUGUAUAUUUGUUUCUUAUCAGAUAUGACCACCAUUCGUAUCUCGGGUCAUUUACCCCCAAAUAUCGAUUGCACCAAAGCCCCCAUUGCUUUCGGAAGACGGGCUGUGCCCAAACUCAACGAGGAACUGCAGAACCCGGAGCUGAUUACCCGGCAAAGGGCGCUCAUGUCCCUGUGCGAUUUGGUGCACGACCCGGAGAUCGCUUUGGAAGCCAUGCGUCUAGGGUGUCUGGAGAGCCUAAAACGUCUCCUUGGAGAUGUGGACAGCACAGUGCGCAUGAAAACCACAGAGAUAUUCUACCGCCUCACUACCCAUAACGUAGGAAGGAUUGCGUUUCUGAAGAGCGAUGUUAUCCUUCCUCUGUCCCAGCUGUUUGAUGAGCCGGUGGACGUCUGUCGCAAGAACAUGCACAUGGCCAUCGAAAUGAUGUCAGAGUUUCCAGGCGGCGCGGUGGGGUUGGUGGAGGCUGGGCUGAUCCCCAGGCUGGUGUUCAAGCUGACCUCCGAGCUGGAGGAGAUCCAGGAGCUCAUCUUGGACACGCUGCACUUCUGCCUGUGCGUGGACGCCAGCGAAGCGCUGGCCAGCGAGGCGGUCAGCGUGCUGAAGGAGAAGCUGUCCCACCACUCCGCCUGCAUCCGCAGCAAGGCAGCCCGAGCCCUCAUGGACAUCAGCCUGGGCGUGCAGGUUUGUAACCUGAAACACACUCUUCCUAGCAUGCCCCUGGAAGGGAAGAACAAGCUCUGUGAGGAGGAGGUCAUUCCCAUCCUGGUGAAUCUCCUGGGAGACCCCAGUCCCGAGGUGGCAGCCAGCGCAGCGGGAGCCCUGAUGAGCGCCACUGUCACCACACCAGGUAAGUACGCUGCCCUGAACGCAGACGCCCUCCCCCCUCUGCUGGGGUUGGUGAGGAGCCCCCAGACGAACGUGUGCCUCAACGCCGUCAAAGCCAUCACCGUGCUGGCAGAGGCCCCCGAGGGCCGCAAGGAGCUGCUCAAACACCUGGACCUGCUGGAGGACCUGCGGGGCCACGAUAGUGAGGUCACGAGGAGGGCAGCGGAGACCGCCAUGCGAGUCAUCACCUGGAAACCCUGAUGGACGUGCAGGGCUCCGAGACGCACCGCUCACUCCACACCACUGACAGCAUGAAACACUGAAUCAUCUGUACUCCCCCAGUUCGUUAAGAAAUAAAACCAGUUCCCAGCU